CUGAAUAACUCAGGGGAGGAAAGAAGCCUUCUGCUUGAGCAUUUUUUUUUUCACACUUGAUAUGUACAGGGAAAUGAAGACUUUGGCUGCCAUGCUUGGAACUAGGAAAUUGUUUUGGGUCCUCUUCCUAAUCCUGCAUCUGUGCCUCUGGCACAUCAACGGUAAGGAAUCAUGUGACAUACAACUUAAUAUUAGGAGACACUCAGAACUCACCGUUUCAGCAAAAAUUUCCUUUAAAAUGGAAUGCCCUGUGAAAUAUUGUGCUCACAGACCUAAUGUGACUUGGUGCAAGAUAAAUGGAACAGGCUGUUCACCUCUUAAGGAUAGACUACGGCUACACACGAGUUGGGAAGAAGGGCUCAAUAAGUCCACUUUUCUGCUACAUUUUGAACCAGUGCUUCCAAGUGACAAUGGCUCGUACCGCUGUUCUGUGAAUACCCCUUCUCAUCUCAUUCAUUCCCACUCAACAGUCAUCCAUGUGACAGAACAGACUCAAAAUAAUUCAGAACACUCUCUAAUAAAUGCAACCAGUGCUCCAGGACCACCCUUCAAAGAAGAGAUGGUGGAUGGGCUAUGGCUCCCCUACAGUUUGCUUCCUUUGGGGGGAUUUCCUCUCCUUGUCAUUGCCUGUUUUGGCCUGUUCUGCUGCCUGAAAAAGCAUCAAGGAAAAAGAAAGAAGCCAUCUGAUAUCGCAGGAAGGGAAAUUAACCUGGUUGAUGUUAUCCAGCCCCUUAGGAGUGAGCAAACUGAAGUGAGCACCAGGCUAAAUUCCCAAACACCACAAUCAGAAGCUGAAAUUUAUGACAAUGACCCCUGGUUCAGAACACAGGAAGAGUCUGAAGUUUAUUCUAAUCCACACUUGGAGGAAAACAAACAAGUCAUUGUUUAUGCUUCCUUGAACCAUUCCAUUAUCAAAUUUAAUCCAAGACAGGUGAGAAAUGUGAAUGAAGCACCGACAGAAUAUGCAUCUAUAUGUGUGAGGAGUUAAGUCUGGUCCCCAUACCAGGUGGGGACCACUGAAGGAUAAGUGUCAACACCAUUGUCUGACCCGAACAGGACAUCCAAUAAUUUGCCUCAACUUGGGGAAUUUUCACUUUAAAGUGAUUCUUGUUGGUGCUUAGUUCCUAAAGAUCCAAAGAGCAUAUGAUUAAAAUUUUUCUUUAGGAGAGAAAACUUCUUUAGGAGACUUCUAUAUUAUAGUAUUGGACAACAAAGUUUUUUUCUCUAGGACAUUUAAUGUUAGCUACAUUUUACCUGCUAUAUCAACUCAAUAUUUCCUUUGGAGCUACCAGAAGGACCUGUAGGAAAGAGGUUUUUGUUAUCUUGAUUGGUUCACUACACACUCUUGAAAAAUAAAGAAUGUCUUAGUUUGACUAAUCAUAGAUACAGUAAUGAUUGUAUUCACAGUCAAUCUUCUAUAAUAAGAAAACUUCAUAUGUCAGUCUCAGGCUAGUGUUUCUUAAAUAUAAAGAAAAAUAAUUAUAGACUUGUAUAAGAAAAGGAUGGGAAGGAUAACUGGUACAGAUAUACAUAUCAAAAUACAGAUAUAGAAUACAUCGAUUGGAUAUAGGGUAGAAGUUUCUCACACCUGACAAACAAAUUCUUAUAUCUGGCCUGUUGGAUUGCAAAGCAAAUAUAGUCAAUAAUGAAGUCAUCAAUGUAAAGUGGAUUUAUGAGCAAAGGGGUGACUCAGUGUUUGGCUGACAUAGACUAAUAUAUGUGAAUGUGACAGAAUGCUGCUGGAUGAGUAUCCUUAAUGACAUCCGAAUCUACAUAAAAACCAAGGAAAAUAGGUAUUAUUGGCCAAGUACAGAUUCAACUUUUACACUGCCUCAUGUUUGACCUGAUAACAAAUUAAAAGGAUGAUUAAUGAAAUGGAAAAGAGUUGGUCAGUAGAGGUCGACAUACUUUAACUGACAGCUGUAUCUUUUUUAUAAGAAAUCAGAGCAAAUCAAGUGUAGUGAAGUUUUAGUUUGAUAAUCAUUCAUUUUAAAAUACUGAGGUUUCAGCCACUUAAGAAAUAGUUUCAGAUUUUCUGAAUUUCUGGAGUACUUGAGUCUAUUUCAAAUAUAGCCUAUGACUUUAUUUAAGAGCUUGAGGCUAAUGUUCUCAGGUGCUGCUGCUAAAUAAUACAGUUGUCUUUAUACGAAAUAGAUGACAAAAGUUAGGACCCACUUGAACAAAUACAGGAGCUGCUGAACAGAUAAAUGUGGUCUGUGUGUAUGCAAGUGUGUAUGUGUGUGUUAGUGUAUUGAAGGGGUAGAUGAUGUACAUAAAUGGUACAUGAGAAACUGAGCAAAUUGGCAUUCUACUUUCAGUUUGCUUAGGAAAUGUUAAAUAUCAGAAUAAAUGAGUUAUUAAAGAAAAUAAAAUGAGAAAUGAUGAGAAUAAGAGUGUGAGUAGAACACGCAUACACACAUGCCAAAAUUAAGUUUUUGAUGUGAAGCUUUUCUUACAUAAUGCUCACAUAAAGUUUUAGUUCCUUGGAUUUGGGGCUGCAAAGAUUAUUUUUGAGUUAUUGUUAUCAAGUCAGCAUCAUUACACUUAGAAUUUUAAAGCUAUGGAUUCUAGGUAGGCUCUUUUAGCCAAGUUUCAUCUGUGAGCAAGUUAUUUAAAAGAGGCACUAGAACAGCUGCUUGCUCUAUUUUUAAAAAUAGAAACAGGAAGUAUGGGAGGAAGCAUGUAGCUAUCUUUGUAUCAAAUAAAUACACCAAAGUAAGUAGUUCUUUCAUAAUUGUCUCUAAUUUAAAAGACAACUAUUUCUGUCUAAUAUGUUUGUAAUUGUUUAACAUGUCUUAUAGUAAAAGAUAAUAUUGA